GCCCCAGGCCGGCGCUAGUCGGUGCCCCGGCGGAGCGACGGGCACCCGGGCUCCCUGGCCCCGGGCCCCCCCCGGCUGGGGUGGCUGGGGCAAGGGGACGAUGUCUGCUCGCGCCCCGGUGCCCGCCGUUCACCCUCGGGAGGAGCCGCCCGCGGCGGCCGCAGAGCGGGAGUCGCGGUUGGCCGCGGCAAGCCGGCAGGCCGAGCAGCCGCCCCCGCCGGCUCGAGACGGGAAGGAGGCGGCGAGGGAGGAGAGGGCCGCGGCCGGCACCAGCGCGGGGGCGCGGGGAGAGCCGUCUCCGGUGCCGGUGCUGGGACACAGCGUGCCCCAGGCGGCCGUGCCCGUGAGGCCCCUGUCCCUGCACCUGGCGCACAAGGCGCGCGGGCCCGGGGGCCCCUUCGGCGGGGAGCCGCUGCCACCGCCGCCGCCGCGGGAGCCGCCGGCCGAGGACGCCCGAGCUGAGGCGGCAGCGGCCGGCCCCGAGGAAAAGCUGCCGCCGCCGCCGCCGCCACUGCCGCCGCCGCCGCCUAAGGAAAACCCCUGGACCAAAAAGCCUCCCCAGCACCUGUCCCCCGCCGGGACGGGCCCGCCGCCGCCCCCGCCGGAGACGCUGGAGGCAGAGCUCAGUUCCCCAAAAACUAUAAAAGCUGGAAAACUCAAGACAAAGAAACCCAAUAAGCCUAGUGAUUUCAGCGAUAUGGCGAACUGGCCAACGCCAAGUGAAUUAGUGAACACUGGAUGUCAGAGUGUCAUCAGUCAAGGGAAUAAGAAGCUGCAGAAUAGAAAGGAAAAAGAAGAGAAGACUGAGAAGAAAAGUAACAAUGAGAGUAAAGAAAACCGGGAAAUAAAAUUAGAUGGCCCUGGUGAAAACGUCAGUGAAGAUGAGGCUCAAUCAAGUAAUCAACGAAAAAGAGCUAAUAAGCACAAGUGGGUACCUCUCCACUUGGAUGAUGUAAGACCAGACAGUCAAGAAAGACCUGGUUCCCGGAACAGCUCAAGAUGUCAACCUGAAACAAAUAAAUCAGCACAUACCAAUAGAAGAAAUGACACACGAAGUUGGAGGCGAGAUAGAGAAAAAAGAGAAGACCAAGAUGAAGUGUCCAGCGUGAGAAGUGAGGGUGGUAAUAUCCGAGGUUCCUUUAGAGGCCGAGGAAGAGGACGAGGACGGGGAAGAGGACGGGGAAGAGGAAAUCCUCGAUUGAACUUUGAUUAUUCGUAUGGUUAUCGAGAACAUGGUGAAAGGACUGAUCAACCAUUUCAGACAGAUCUUAAUACCAGUAUGAUGUAUUACUAUGAUGAUGGUACAGGCGUACAGGUGUAUCCUGUGGAGGAAGCGUUGCUUAAAGAGUAUAUUAAGCGUCAAAUUGAGUAUUACUUCAGUAUAGAAAAUCUAGAACGGGACUUUUUUCUUCGGCGAAAAAUGGAUGAACAAGGUUUCUUGCCUAUUUCCCUGAUUGCUGGUUUUCACAGAGUUCAGGCUCUCACCACAAACCUUAAUCUCAUCUUAGAGGCAUUGAAGGAUAGCACAGAAGUAGAAAUUGUGGAUGAGAAAAUGAGAAAAAAGAUAGAACCAGAAAAAUGGCCAAUUCCAGGCCCUCCUCCACGUAAUGUGCCACAGACAGACUUCUCUCAACUGAUUGAUUGUCCAGAGUUCGUACCAGGCCAAGCCUUUUGCUCACAUACAGAGUCUGCCCCAAAUUCUCCAAGAAUGGGAAGUCCAUUGAGUCCAAAGAAAAAUACUGAAACAAGUAAUCUUCAAGCAAUGUCUAGAGGUUUGUCUACAAGUUUGCCUGACUUGGACUCAGAACCUUGGAUAGAAGUAAAAAAGAGACAUCGUCCACCCCCAGUGAAAUUGAAGGAAUCAGUAUUUGUAACAGAAGAGGCAUCAAAUCAACUAUAUCCUCCUGAAGAACAAGAACAAGCAGAACUUGAUUUUUUAUUUGAUGAAGAGAUUGAGCAAAUAGAAGGACAAAAAAACACAUUUGGUGAUUGGUCUGAUAAUGAUUCAGAUUAUGAAAUUGAUGACCUGGAUUUAAAUAAGAUUUUGAUCAUAACUCAGACACCACCUUACAUGAGAAAACAUCCUGGAGGAGAUCUAACAGGCAACCAUAUGUCUUGGGCAAAAAUUACAUCUGAACUUGCUAAAGUUAUCAAUGAUGGCUUAUAUUAUUAUGAGCAGGAUCUGUGGAUGCAAGAAGAUGAAAAUAAACACACAGCCUUAAAGCAAGAAGUUGAGAACUUUCAGAAGCUAAAUCUCAUUAGUAAAGAGCAGUUUGAAAACCUAACACCUGAACUUCCUUUUGAGUCAAAUCAAGAAGUACCUGUAGCACCUUCACGGUCCAGGCAAGGUUUGACUGAUAAGUUAGUUCAGAAGCUGUUUGAUGCUUCAGAAAUAACUUCAGCAACAGUUGCCCAUUCGUUGCCCACUGUAGUUCCAGAAUCUCCGAGGAGUCAUCCUGCAAGGACACCCAAAACACCUCGGACACCCAGGUUGCAAGAUCCUAACAAAGCACCAAGAUUUUAUCCCGUUGUUAAGGAACCAAAACUCAUUGAUGUAAAGUGUCCACGAAAAAGAAAAACAAGGCACAGUACAAAUCCUCCUGUAGAGUGUCAUGUUGGUUGGGUAAUGGAUUCCAGAGAUCACGGGCCAAGAACAUCCUCUGUCAGCAGUUUAAAUGCUUCGCCUUCAGAAGGUCUUCCCCUGGGAGGCAGUGAUGGAUGUACUCCUCAUUCAUUCCCCAAAUUCCAGCACCCUUCUCACGAGCUUCUGAAAGAAAAUGGCUUUACCCAACAAGUGUACCACAAGUAUCGUCGAAGAUGCCUAAGUGAGAGAAAAUGCUUGGGAAUUGGUCAGUCCCAAGAAAUGAAUACCCUCUUUCGUUUCUGGUCCUUUUUCCUCAGAGAUCACUUCAAUAAAAAAAUGUAUGAGGAAUUUAGACAACUUGCUUGGGAAGAUGCAAAAGAAAAUUACAGGUAUGGGUUAGAAUGUCUGUUCAGGUUUUAUAGUUACGGACUGGAAAAAAAAUUCAGACAAGAAAUUUUUAAGGAUUUCCAAGAAGAAACCAAAAAAGACUACGAAUCUGGUCAGCUGUAUGGACUAGAAAAGUUUUGGGCUUAUCUGAAAUAUUCUCAAUCUAAGACACACUCUGUUGAUCCAAAGCUUCAGGAAUACCUCUGUAGUUUUAAGAGGUUAGAAGACUUCCGUGUUGAACCCCCUAUUAGUGAGGAAUUCGGAAGCAAAAGGCAUUCAUCUACUUCUGGUGAGAAGAAUCAUCAUCAUAGACUCCCAUCUGAGUCCUCUGCACAGCCACCAAAUGCUGCCAAGCACGCGUCUGCCACUGAGCGUCAGGUCCCAAUAAACUCUCCCAGAAGGAAUGCUUCGCAGGAGUCCAAUGACAGUUCCCACCAGAACAGUGCUGCCUCCAUCUCAACCAAUGGUGAAAUGCCUGAGAAAUAGACUCUUAUGAAAGUUGUUUGUUCUUGAAAUCAACACUCACAUCAGUAUUUAUUUGGGGAAACUCUCCUGAUGUUUAAUUGUGAUAAUCAGAAAAAAGCAAAAGAAAGAAAAGUAGUGGCAUUUUUCAAGCAAGGUAAAUCCUGAAACUGUUUUUCCUGAUUUCACAAAUGAGGAUAGUUUUGGUGAGAUCCUUUUAUUGAGAUCCUCUAGUAGUAUAUUUUGAUCCCAGUGUUUUUUUUUUUUUUUUCGAAGCUAGUGUUUACAGGAACAGCAUUCUGUUUAAAGGUAUUUAAAAACAACACAAGGAAUGCCUAAAGUUUCAGCUCAUACUUCUUAAAGAAGAUAUAGUAUGUUGUAUUCAUCUCUUCUGUAGAGCUUUCUUAAAGAAUCCAGUUGCCCCACUAUCAAUUCAUAUUUGAACUUACCAAAAACAAAGGAAGAUUACGUAUAUAUUUUGUAAAUUGAGAAAGAAAUGAAAUGAUACAUUUACUUUUUCUGUUAGAUGUAAAGUUUAAAGGAUGUCCUUCUUUUCUUUACAAAGGUAGAAAUACGUAGCAAAGUGGUGGUUAUGUAUGUAUGGCACUGCUGGUGCAGGGAUUCGGUUUUUCUAGUCAUACCUCAUGAUUUCCACAAUUGUUGGUGUUGAGUUCUCUCAACUGCUAGUUACAUUAUUAGUAGAGAUUUACUUUUGCAAUUCUAUAUGAACUUGAACCUGUAGUUGAAAACUGCAUUGGGAUUGGUUGGAAUAUUGAAUUAAUUAAAUCUCUUGUUUUGAAUGCAUCUGCUGUUUUUACAUCUGCAAGUAGGGUGUCAGAAGCAGUCAGAUUACUUUCAAUUUAAAAGGAAUACUUAGUUUUUCCUUAUUUCUUUUAAUUUGGUUUUAUGCUCAAAAGUAUUUGAAGAGUUACAACAAAUUGGUUUCUAAUUAUUAUUGCUAUUGUAACUGAUGUAAAUGAUAGUUUCGGUUUUUGUGAGAUUUUAAAAAUAAAGCAC